CGAAGCGUUUCCUGCCUGUCUCGCCCGCUUGUCGCUGAGCCACACAGGCCGUCACACUGCGGGCCUGUGCCGCCGCCGGUAGCUACCCUCGCCUCCUCUAAAGCCGCCCCCCACCUUCUCUGCGCGGCCGCUCCACGCGCCGUCGGCCGCACUUUUGCCCUGCGGCACCGCGGCCGCCUGCUAGUCGCGGCCACUUUAUUCCCCCCAAACCUGAAGUCUCACUGAUUUUUCCAAUUUUCUGUUCUCCGAUCUCCAAUUUUGUUUGCUCGAAUCCUGGCUCCGCCGCUGCCGGUGCGGGGUGCGGACUGUGGGCUCGCACCGGCGCUGGGCUCGAGCUCGACCUAGAAAGCGGCACGCGGGCAGCGGGCGGCGCGAACUCGCUCGGCUUAGGGGGCGAAACCUUACGCGGACGAAACAAUGGAGGCCUACGCAGCCACCCCUGUGCGCCGCCCUUCCGAACCCUCCUCCCCAUCCCCAACACCGUCCCCCUCAUCUCUGCGCCAGUGGCGGCCGGCGGCGCAGCGCAACCUGCGCAACCAGUGGUCGCGCCUGCUCGCUGCCAAGGCCCGGUGGCUGGCGGCCGCCACCGACGGUCGCUCCCACGCCUCCGCGCUCGUCAACGCCCACCUCUCCCGCAGUUACAUGCCAGAGAUGGAUUUGGGGGUGCUCAAAGACAUGCCUGGGAUCCGUGACAAGGCGAGCGCCAAGUUGGCGCACAAGGAGCUGCAAUGCCGCGAGAUGCUUCUAUCAGCGUACAAAGAGAUGGUCCUUUCUGUGUCUGAUUUGGUUAAAGCUUCUCGUGGCAUGCGAUGCUUCUCCAAAUUAUCUUCGAGUAGCCCACUAAUCUGUUUUACUGACUGCCAAGAUGAUUUGAAUGACUCCGGAGAUGGUGGAGGAGCUCCAGUAUACAAAUGGUUCUCCAUGUUAGAAUUCGAGAAUUUUGCCCAAGAGCUUGUUGAGAUGUUUGUAUCAGAGCUACAAUUGAAGAGACUAAUUGUCUUGGAACUCCUCUCGAUUAACUUGAAAGAAGGUGUAGAUCCAUCAUUAGAAUGGUCAGAUGAACUCUAUGAUGGGGAACAGUACGAAUUUCAGAGUAUUGGCCUUUCUUCGGGAGACAGCUGGCAACUACCUGAAAAUUGGAGAGGAGAUGUCUUACAGGCACGGCGAUCUGGCCAUACUCCAUCCCAUGAGGUUUUACAGGUUUACUUAACCUCUUGGCUUGCUAACGUGAACAUCAAGAUGAGUAGAAUUGACGAAAUAUUUGAGCUUGUUGGGGAAGAGAUGCAAAUCAAAUUAUGUUGAUGAUUUUGAUGCAUAUAAUCAAAGUAAGAACUACUUGGAAAUGGCCCAUCUUCCUUUCAGGGGUUUCUUUUCCUUAGUGGAAGUCUCAAAGGCUAAAAGCUUGUGUGGCCUGCCCUAAAAAGGCCUAUCUAAUCUUUCUGGAAUGUAUUACACUGUUUCACUCGAAGCACUUGGUACGCAUUAACAAUUUACUAAGCUGGUCAAGCAAAUAAAGUUUAACACUACAACAAAGCCAUCUUAUUUGCCCA